AUGUUUGCCAAACUUGCGCUCGUUGCGCUGCUUUCGGCCGUUGCUUACACCGUCGAUGUCGAAACCCAGACCACGGUUAGUCUCUUUGUUCAUUUUUCUCAGAAAAUAAUUUUUUCUACAGGAAGCCUUCAUCUUGGCCCACAAGAGCCCUCUGUCCCUCUACGCUGUAGAGAACAUGGACCUCGUUAUCGAGUACGGAAUCUACAACAACGGAGACAAGCCAGCCAAGAAGGUAGGUAUUUGAAAGGAAAACUUUUUUAGACGUAAAAAUCCUGGGAAAAAAUUCCGUUUGAGGCGGAAAAAGGAGUUUGAAUGGUUUUUUUCUCGGCUAAGAGAUGAAAAAAGGCGCAAGUAGCUUUUAGUCGAAUGCACUGGAUAAUUAAAAGUGCUGAAAUUGAAAAUAAAUGCGAUUUGCUGUGUUUCAAUAUUAAAGCAUUUGAAAUUUUAAGAAAUUACUCUAAAACAGGAAAGUCAUGAAUAUCGGAGGGUUUAACUAUACGACAAAAUCGCAUCGAAAGACCACUCAGUACAAAACAUGAACCUUUUCAAACUGAAAAUAAGAUUUUUUAAGAACUUUUAACUUUCCAGGUGACCCUCGAUGAUCGUCAUUCGUUCCCAACCCAAUCGUUCGACAUCAUCAAGGGACUUCUCCACGUCCACUUCGAAAGCGUCGGAGCCCGCAGCAACGUCACUCACUCCGUUGUCGUGAGUUUUUCUCCUGUAUAAAAAUUUUCAUAGCUACUUGGAAAUUUGAGAAAAAGUAUUCAAAAAUCUUUUUUUUCUAUAGGUCCGCCCACGUGCCUUCGGUAUGUUCAACUACACUUCCGCCCAGGUUUCCUACUUCACUGAGAGCAACGACUUGCACGUCGCCUACACCAACACCCCUGGAGAAGGUAAAUCUUCAAAAAAUGAAGGGUUCUGGUGUCAAUGUAUCUGGAAGGCCUGACAUAAAGUACAAUCAUUUUUCAAGGCCUAAAUAGAAUUUUUUCAAAUUUACUUGAAACUGCGGUAUGAAACAGUGAGAGAAAAUUGUAGAAAACGAAUUUUUCAGAUUAAAUUUGAGCUGACAAUGCCCUGAAUAAUAGGAAUAGCGUCUGGAAAAGACCGUGACACAGAAGAUUGAAGUUCACUUAUUAAAAAUAUUUUUGAAACAGUAAAAAUAAUGUUACGCUAGAAUUUAUAACUUAUUGAAAAAUAUGGAAUCUUUUUAAAAGUCCAAACGCCAAAAAUGUUAUAGUCCAAUUUUCAGGAUACAUCUACCGCCAGAAGGAAUACGACAGAAAAUUCUCGCCCAAGUACAUCUUCUUCGUGGUUUUCGCCAUCGUUGUCGCCCCGACCACCCUCGGAUCUUACCUUCUCUUCCUCAAGUCCAAGUCCCGCUUCGAGGAGUUCUCCAAGAAGAAGAGCCAAUAA